UAGCAAUUCAGCAGGCACUAAGUGAUUGCAGACCCUCCACUUUAGUUAGUUACAACAUUCCACUAGUUAGUUAAACAUGAUCAUUCUGUUAUAACCAUUUCCAAUUCUGUUAGAACAAUUAGUAUAAGUAUAUCAAGUAGUGGAAUGAAUAAAGCAAUCAGAACAAUUAUCUCCAUUAGUUUCCUUCUUAGCUCCUUAGCAAUAGUAUGUAGUGUAGCUUUUCGUAUCAAUUGGUCCGACCUGCCCCCUUCUCUGUUGUUCUUCAAUGGCAGAUGUCGAACCUCUCGAUGCCAGCCUGGACCGGCUCGAGGCAGCCAUGGCCAACCUCGCCGCAAUGGAUUCCGAUCUCCAUGCAUCUCACCUUCGUUUAGACGCACUUCAUGCUUCCAUGCUCUUCAAACUAGAUCUCAUUAGCCAGCAACUGGAUACCGUGAUAUUUCGCCAGCGCUUCCCGUUUCCUGCAUCGAUGCCGCCACCACAGCCGUCACUGUCGCCGCCACUACUGUUUCCUUCUUCAGCCCAGCCACCAUCGCCGCCGCUGUCGCCGCCACCACUGUUUCCUUCUUCAGCGCCGUCGCCAGCUCCUCCGCCUCGUCCUCACGUGCCUCCUCCUCAGUUCACACCACACUCAUAUGAUCCUCCUCAGCUUUAUCCUCAGGAAUGGGGCAACCCAAACAGCCCAAGGCAGCCCGUGCUUCCACACUCCUACGUUCCUCCUCCCCUUCCACUGCAGCCUUCGAUUCCAUGUUCCCCAUCCAAGCCAUCUAGUCCUGCACCCAAGUCUGCAUCACUCCCUAUGGCAGCUUACUUUGGACGCUCCAUAAGGCAGUCACGCAUACUCGAGCUUCCCGCCUCCACCUAUUUUCGUCGUCGUCAACAAACACGUCUCUCCUUUCUCAGUUUCUCUCCCUCUCACUCCUCUGACGACCAGAGAAAUGUUCCCAAGCAUGGUUUAUGGCUCUGUCUUUCUCAGGCUCUUUCUUGCAACCGCCGUCCUCGUCGUCGUUCGCAUCGUCGCCCUUCAUCCUCUUGCUCUGUCGCUCAUCGGCGUCAACGCCCGCCGCCACAUCCACCACCACCACCUCCGAAGCCCCCGCCUCCACCAUCAUCUCUGCCACCAUCUUUAACACAACCCUUGAUGGUUCCACGGUGUGGGCCACACACCCACUCCUUUCCUAGGCCGUUCAGUCUGUGGCACGGGUCACACACUCGUUUACUGAUUCAGACGUUAAUAUUGUUAGGCCCAACUAGCCCACAACCAAAGUCACUUCCCUAACGUACCUCCUGUUUUCUAAACUCACCCCUAUUUUCACUUGUUUUAUUGUCCAACCUUGAGGACAAGGUUGUUUUGAAGCGGUGGGUGUUGAUAGCAAUUCAGCAGGCACUAAGUGAUUGCAGACCCUCCACUUUAGUUAGUUACAACAUUCCACUAGUUAGUUAAACAUGAUCAUUCUGUUAUAACCAUUUCCAAUUCUGUUAGAACAAUUAGUAUAAGUAUAUCAAGUAGUGGAAUGAAUAAAGCAAUCAGAACAAUUAUCUCCAUUAGUUUCCUUCUUAGCUCCUUAGCAGUAGUAUGUAGUGUAGCUUUUCGUAUCAGUUAUAUAGUCCCUCAACUGCCUCUCGUGUUAUAGAAAGUUUGCAUAAGAAUCUUCAUUUUAUAUGAAAGAAGAAUAGUGACUUGAGCUAUCCAAGCUGUACUCUAAAUUCCCAACAGGUCUGAGAUAUUGGAUGCAUGAUGGUAUGUAUUGGAUACUUGACAUGACGUGUUACCCUUGCCAUGCAGUCUCGGAUGCAAAAUUUUAUUCAUCUAUUUUAAGACAUGUAAAACAUUUUAAAUAUCAUGGUCACAACCAAGAAAGUGAUCACAAGAAGAUAAUCAUGCUUUUAAGCUGGUUGGUGCUGGAUUCUUCUGGUAGUAAUCAUUGAAUGCAUAUGAAGCAUGAUCGCAGACAGUGUUUGGAUUAUAACAGCUUGCUCCUGGUUGUAUUGCUGAGCAGUCUGCACCUCCAUACCCACAAGCAUAGUCAAGAGCAACCUGUAGAGCAGUGUCUGAAGCUCCCUGGUUAGCAACACACCAUUGACCACCUGAUGAUGUUGGUUGGUGUUGUGGUUGGGGUUGUUGGAUUUGUGUUUGAUAAAAAUGAUUGUGUUAAUAAAAGAGUAAGUGAAGAUGAUGAAUUGGGUGAUGCUACUAACUCUGCAGACUGCAGCAAUGGGGAAUGAUGCAGACUCAAACAGUGGAACAGAGGAUGACAUUCAUUCUUCAACUGACUUUGAAUUCUACUUACAAGGAUUAGAGAGGGCCAAGAUAAUAGUGAACAAACCAUUAACACAAGUCACAAUGUCGUCUAGAUAGCUCUGCGGUAGUUCUCUUGCUUAAAAUGUAUGAUACAUAACUGCUUGAUUCAAGCCCUAGCUAUUUGCCAAGAGAAUGCAAGAAUCAGUUUCUAUUUACAAGUGCCUUGAAGCUUUCUUGAAAGAGGAACCUCUUGGGCCAGAAGACAUGUGGUACUGCCCUAACUGCAAAAAUCCUCAGCAAGCAUCUAAGAAACUAGAUUUUGGAGAUUGCCUGAAAUUGUUGUUGUUCAUUUGAAGAGGUUCUCAUUCAGCCGAUACUUCAAGAACAAGCUGGAAACAUUUGUUGAUUUCCCAAUUAAUGAUCUGGGCUUGUCAACAUAUGUAGCCCACGGGAAUAAUCAGUCUUCCAACCGCUAUGUGCUUAUAUGCAAUUAGUUGUCAUUAUGGAGUGUUAGGAGGAGGUCACUAUACAGCAUUUGUCCGUUAUGGCUAUGAUAAAUGGUAUGAUUUUGAUGACAGCAGGGUCGAAUCUAUUAGUGAGGACAUGAUAAAGACUCCUGCUGCUUAUGUUCUUUUCUACAGGAAAAUUAAGAUGAAAAUUUUAGAUGCAAUUGUGUAAUUAGUGAUAUAGCAACAUGGGAUGCUUGAGGCUUUUCAGACCUUUUGCCUAUACAUGCAGUUGUCUGAUUUCCUCAAAAUUGCUGCUUAAGCGGGUACCAGUUGGGUUUUACUGAGACAAUUGAAGAGAAAUGCAAAGAAUUUAAGAUUUUACAGCUUUAAGAAGCUACAGGCAAAAAAAGAGGGUAGGACUUCAAUUUUUAAACCCAGAAGGAUAGAUUAUUACAUAUGUCAGACAUGUAUAUUGGAUUUUUGGUGUUUAAAUACUU